GUUGUAGCUGAAGGAGCCGGGGCUAUUGGUGCAGCUGCUCUUCUUGCUGGAAAUCUCCAAGAGCUAGCUGGAAAAAGGGUUGUGUGUAUCAUUAGCGGUGGAAAUAUCGACUCAACGAUGGUCGGCAGGUGUAUUGAAAAAGGGCUGGCAGUCGAUCAUCGUCUCAUCCGCUUUGAAGUACUCAUUUCGGAUCGACCGGGUGGUGUGGCCGAGUUGUCGAAGAUUGUCGCGGACUGUGGUGCUAGUAUAAAAGAUAUGACUAUGGAACGAGCUUUUCACCGGAGUGAUGCUUUCACAGUGGCCGUUAGGGUAAUUGCCGAGACACGGGACUCCGCUCAUGCAUAUGAACUCAAUGAUGUUCUUAAGAAAAGAUAUGGACCUGACACCGCCCUUUGUACGUUCCAUGGUCGCCUGCCGUGA